UUUGUGCAUUGCUUUUGUAGAUUAAUCAAUUUUUCUUUAUUCAUUUCUACUUUUUGUUUGCUUAAUUUAUUAUUCUUGUUCUAUUAAUUUGUUAAUAAAUAUGUGUUAAAAUGUAUGAAUAUUAGUAUAUACAAAUGAGUCAUGAGUCAACCAAUUGAUUGGACCUAAGUAGUUACUGAGUUUCACUUAAAAACAAAUUGUUCGAUCGGGAGAUCUCGAGUUCAAAUAUUGACGGAAAGAGUCUUUGACCAGACCAGACUUUAUUUAUCUUUCGACCGGACUUCACUUUAUUAAGGAUGGAAUCCCUUGCUGUUACAAUCUUGGAAAAAUUGAGCUCUGCAGUUUAUAAAGAGGUUGGAAUCAUUUGGAAUCUCAAAGAGGAUAUCGAAAGAAUGAAGAACACGAUCUUCGCGAUAAAAGUUGUGCUCCUCGAUGCAGAGGCAAAGGCCAAUAAUCAUCAAGUUAGUAAUUGGUUGGAGGAGUUGAAAGAUGUACUUUAUGAUGCAGAUGAUUUAAUAGAUGAUUUUUCCAUUAAAGUUUUGAAAAGAAAAGUGAUGGCUGGAAACAACAUAGUAAGACAAGUACAAAUUUUCUUCUCAAAAUCAAUCAAAAUUUCCUAUGGCCUUAAAUUGGGCCAUAAAAUGAAAGCAAUCCAGAAGCGGUUAGACGACAUUGCUAAAACUAAGCAUGCUUUGCAACUGAUCAAUCAACCUAUGGAGAAUCCAAUUGUGUAUAGGGAACAAAGACAAACUUACUCUUUUGUGAGUAAAGAUGAAAUUAUUGGAAGAGAGAAGGAAAAAAAAUGUAUUAAAAGUUAUCUACUAGACAUCAAUGCAAAAGAUAAUGUUUCUAUAGUUCCCAUAGUUGGGAUUGGAGGAUUAGGUAAGACCGCACUUACUCAACUAGUUUACAAUGAUAAUGAUGUUCAGAGGUAUUUUGAGCUAAAAAUGUGGGUGUAUGUCUCUGAUGAUUUUGAUAUAAGAAAAAUAACUCAGGAGAUCGUUGGGGAUGACAAGAAUAGUCAGAUGGAGAAAGUGCAACAAGAACUUAGAAAUAAAAUUGAAGGGAAGAAGUUUUUACUCGUGUUGGAUGACAUGUGGAAUGAGGAUCGCGAGUUGUGGCUUAAAUUGAAGAGCUUGUUCAUGGAAGGAGGAAAAGGUAGCAUGAUAGUUGUUACAACCCGUAGUCAGACAGUGGCGAAAAUAAUGGGCACACAUCCACCUCUUUUGUUAAAAGGUUUGGAUUCGCAAAAAUCCCAAGAGCUAUUCUCUCGCGUAGCUUUCGGUGGGUUAAAAGAACAAAAUGAUUUAGAGUUGUUAGCUAUAGGAAAGGACAUUGUUAAGAAAUGUGCUGGAAUUCCCCUUGCCAUAAGAACUAUUGGCAGCCUUUUGUUUUCUCGAAAUUUGGGAAGGAGUGAUUGGUUAUAUUUCAAGGAUGUUGAGUUUUCAAAAAUAGAUCAACACAAGGACAAAAUCUUUGCAAUCCUUAAAUUGAGUUAUGAUCAUCUUCCUUCAUUUCUUAAAAAAUGUUUUGCUUAUUGUUCAUUGUUUCCAAAAGGUUUUGUACUUGAGAAAAAAACACUUAUUCAAUUAUGGAUAGCUGAGGGGUUCAUUCAACCAUCAAAUGAUAUUAGAUGUGUAGAAGAUGUUGGUCAUGAGUACUUCAUGAGUUUGCUGUCCAUGUCCUUCUUUCAAGAUGUUGCUAUAGACGAUUGUGGUGGCUUAAGUACUUGUAAAAUGCAUGACCUUAUGCAUGACCUAGCACAGCUAAUGGCCGGGAAUGAAUAUGUUGUUGUUGAAGGAGAAGUAAACAUAGGAAACAGAACGCGUUAUUUGUCAUUUCGUAGUGCAUUAGAGUCAGCACCAACAUCACCAUCUUCCUUCCAGUUAAGGACAUUUCAUUUGGUUGGUCCACAAAUGAAUGCAAGCAAUUAUUUGGGUCAGUCAUAUGUUCUUUCCUUUUCCAAACUAAAGUUCUUACGUGUGUUGACACUCUGUGGGUUGGAUAUUUUAGAAAUCCCAAAUAGUAUUGAACAGAUGAAGCAUUUAAGAUAUAUUGAUCUGUCACAGAAUCCUAUACUUAAAUAUCUUCCACCGGGCAUUACUAGCCUACAUAACUUGCAAACUCUAAAACUUUCUGAAUGUUCGCAGCUCAGAAUAUUGCCAGAAGAUCUCAAUAAAACUCUCAGACAUCUUGAGUUGAAUGGUUGUGAGAGAUUGACAUUUAUGCCGCAGGGGUUAGGACAAUUGACUAAUCUUCAAACACUAACACUUUUUGUAUUGAACAAUAGAAGUACAAGUGUAAAUGAGUUGAGUGUGCUAAACAACCUUAGAGGGAGAUUAGAAAUAAAAGGGUUGGAUUUCCUGCGAAAUAAGAAUGCAGAGAUUGAAUCUGCAAAAGUACUUCUUGAGAAGCGACACCUUCAACAAUUGGAAUUGCGGUGGGCGUAUUAUGUGGAUUUUCAUCCGUGGUCAUUACCAGCAAAAAGGGCCGAAGAAGACAACAAAAAUUGGUUGGAAGAUGAGAUGAUUUUACAAGGCCUCCAACCACACCACUCACUUCAAAAACUUGUUAUAGAUGGAUUUUGCGGCAAAAGGUUACCAGAUUGGAUAUGGAGUCUGUCAUCGCUCUUGACUCUUGAGUUCCACAAUUGCAAUGGUUUGACAUCACUACCAGAUGCAAUAUGUAACCUUGUAUCUUUACAGAAACUUUGCAUUUAUAACUGCUUAUUAUUGGAGGAAAGAUGUGCAAGACGAUAUGGUCAAGAUUGGCCGAAAAUCUCGCUCAUUCGAGAAGUUGAGAUCCUGCCUAUGAGCCCAUCAUUACUCAAGUAUUUUACUUGAGUCAAGAUCUUUCAGCAAAAUUGUCGAGCAAUAGGAUGAUGUUUCAUAUUGCCAUGAUGGAGGUUGUAGAAGUAAUUUUGAUCAUAAAUGAUUAUUUUAUGCCAAGAAUGGCAUGUUAUGAUCUGCUGAGAAAAAUCAACGUCAACUCAUAGGGUAUUUGUAAAGGGCCUGUGGAUCUUUAUGGAAUUAAUCUUGUUUUUUAUUUAACAAAAUAAUUUCCAUUAUUUUCUUCUCAAUUUUAAAUUUUGUAUUCAUCGCAGAAUUUUGAAAUGAUGAGAUAUGAUUUUACAAAUAAAUGUCAUAUAUUUUUAAACAACACAUUUUAUAUAAUAUAUCUUAUGACCAAGGUUUUAAAGUA